GCGGUCUGUCACAGCUCCUCUGGACUUUGAGCAGGAUCAAAUCCCAUUAACGCAAAAUGGAUGUGAAGCUGUUGGCAGUCGUGGCUGCGCUUACGGUGUUGUCACAUGCGCCUCCAUCACAAGCGAAACCCAUCAGUCUGGGUGAAAGAUGCUACUGUAGCUCAACAGUGAACGGCCUCCCCAAAGGCAUCAUCCGUGAGCUCAGGUUCAUCCAUACACCCAACUGCCCCUUCCAAGUGAUUGCCAAGCUGAAGUCAAGCAAAGAGGUGUGUUUGAACCCACAGAUCCCAUGGCUGCAGCAGUACCUGAGGAACGCCAUCAACAAGAUGAAGAGAUCCAAACGGGGCAACUGAAAUGCCUGCAGAGAUCUUUCUGAGCCUUUCUGAGGAUUUGGACCAUCAUCACAGAUAUAUUACAUGUAAUAUGAAAUCAUCUGGCAUGUUGUAAAGCACUUAUCUUGACUGCCACGCCGCAGCCUCUUGCAUCGAAUGAAUCUACAACGCUCCAUUAUCAUCACCACCAGCACCAGCACCAGCCCCGCCUCCACCAUCGCCACUCUCACCGCUUGUAGAGAUGUUAUUAAUGCAAAGUGCAAUUAUAUCUGUGAGUGUUUGUUUUUCUCACUAUACUGUACAUAUUUUUUGUUAACGGACUUCAACACUAAAUAGCUAUUUUUGGAGAUUGUCUUGUACAUCUGGCCUCUCUGUCGUUUAGAAGAAAAGGAUCGACCCCAGGGUCAAAGCGUUUAAAGGGGGAGAGAUGUAGGUCAGCAAGAGGGUUUUCUCCACAACACAUACUAUGAGUCAACAUCACACUUGCAAGUAGCAGAGUCCUGCGGUCUGCUGAGCCAGGAGAAUAUGGAUUCAUUCUAACUGAUCUUUAACAUGGCAUCUGCUUAUCUUGACUGUCCCUGUUUUUAAAUUGUACAAAAUGAUGAACAGUGUUGUAUAGUCUCUUUUAAAAACUGAGGAAUGGACAGAGCCACAGAGUUUGCCAAGUUCUAUUUCAAGUUAAUUGGCACCAUGGAAUUUCAAUGGGUGCCAGCUACCCCCAGACUGAAUAUAAGAUGCAUACAAGAUCCUAGUAAAAAUGGCAAUUACAAUGUUUUUGUGAUGGAAAUUAGGAUGCCAAAAGAGCUUGAGAAUUUCCUGAGCAGUUCUGCGGCUGUGAUUAUGCGACCCUGUUACCAAACAUGGCUGCUUUUUUCUUUUUUUUUCCAUUCUUUGAGAAAAUCUGAACAUCUGGAUCCCAAACAGUUUUAAUUUAGCGACCAAUGAGAAGAAAUUUACUGGAAUCAUAGAGCUGUGUCAGUUCAAUGGUUAAGAACAAAUCAUGACACUCACCAAUCACAGUUAAGUCGUCUUACGAAACCAGUGUCAGAAAGACAAAGUCAUGUUAGCUGGAAUCUGAUGAAUAACCAUUAGAAAGAAGGAUGUACAGUAAUGUGAAUAACAGUGAUCACAUCAGUAGGUAGAAUACUGUUCUAUACUGAGAGGUAAUUCUAGCAGUAGUAGAGAAAGUAAAAAUACCAUUAUUGACAACAAGUAGAGAUGUACAUAGAUGUAACUACCUACAACUGUCAUGCAGAUAGUAAUGCACUUUAUAUCUGAUGUAUUCAUGUUUUAACAAAAAAAAACCCACUAUACUCACUAAGUCUGAUCAUUAAAUUCUGUCUUUUAUCUUUAUUUUUUAUGUUUAUCAUGUCAUUUCCAUUCUGUCCCUUUUGAUUGAUGAAUGUGUAGCUGCCUUUAACUGUUAUAAUCUGGGAGAUGUCAUCUAUUCAUUUAAAUCUCCUUGUCAUGUGUAAGAUUAAUAUUAUAUAAAUGUUUUAUUUUUGUACUCUUUUUUGCAUUUGUAUAUUAAAUCCAAACAUUUAAAUGAAGGAACUCAACUCUUGCAACUGAGCCUCACAGCCAACAUUUUAUUGAGAGACGUGUAUACAGUUGGUCAGUAAAAAGGGAAAUUUUGUUACGGUUACUAUGUUAAUGUAGACUUCACUCACUGUAUUUGUUUUAAAACUUUUAAUCAUAAAUACUGACUCAUACCCACACGCACACACUCUGUUAAGACCAUGCAAACACUAUGACUUCACAGCUUUACAAUUAUGUACCACUGCACUGCGGGUCAGAGGGGCAAUCUAAAGACUUUGAUGUGAGAACAUGUGUUUAGCUUUACUCACAGGGAAAAAAUAAAAGGCUUAUUAUUGUUAUUUAACCAUUAACUCAACAAGCAGCCAUUAGGAAAACAUUAGAGCUAAAAGGGAUGAACUUUUAACUUCCCUGUAGGGGCAUUAUGUGAGGUGGAGCACAGUAGUAGCUGUAGUGAUGAGAGUGAUCCGCUGAUUGAAACAUCAGGCCAAGAUAAAGGGCUGUGAGUGGCAGUCCACAACCCAUUUUGGGCUGUGUUUACUGAUCAGCUUUGAUGUUCAGAAAGCCAUGUCAGCAGAACUCUUUUGAGAGAUAGAGCCAUUGAUUUAGCCCUGGUGUCCCAUUUUACAGUGGCAACAUACAGAUAACAUCAUUUUAUGAACUGAUUGUGUUAAACCUUAGAUAUCACUGCAGGAAUCUGCAGGUAGCAACAAGUAUUUUCCUCUCUAGUAAUGUGAAGAUUAGGCAGCUUGUCCUAUGAGACGUUUAAUCUUAUAGAGGACAGAUUUUCAUAUCUUACAAUGUAACCAUGUGUAUUCUGAAGUGGAUCAUUUUUUAAACAUUUGUACUUUGAUUAAACUUUUUAAGACCAA